AUGUCCAUAAAGAAUUUCGAGUCUACCCACACAUGCGGUCAACAUGAAGCAAAUGCUGGCAACCCAAGGGUAUCAAGGAAGUUCAUAGCUAGCCAAAUACAAGCUAUUUUGAAGGUUAGGCCAGAUCUUCGUGCAGUUGAUAUCAAGAACGACAUGCUCUCUAAUUUUGGCAUCAAGAUUAACUACAGUAAAGCGUGGUGGAGCAAGGAGACAGCUCAACAGGACCUGUUCGGUGACGAUGAUGAGGCUUACGAUUCACUGAGAUGGUAUGAAUCCAUGGUGUAUGCAACUAAUCCAGGGAGUCGUGUUGUUAUUGAUGCUGAUGACGGGAGGUUCAGGCGAUUGUUCAUUACAGGGAGUCGUGUUGUUAUUGAUGCUGAUGACGGGAGACCUCUAUUAUUUUUGGAUGGAACAUUUAUUAAAGAUCGUUGCAGAAGCAUACUACUUAGUGCUACUGGGGAAAAUCCUUACCAACAUCCACAUCGACUGCUAAUGAUUUCCGACGCUAACAAGGAUAUCAGGGCAGCAGUCGAGGAAUUCUUUCCAGAUGCAUUCUAUUCAAGGUGUGUUCUGCAUCUAGUCGAGAAUUUCAAAAAGAAGAUAAAGGAUUUUGGGCACAAGGCAAAUGUCGCGACUACGUUGGGCGAGCUGUUACAAUCUGCGGCUUAUAAGUUCACAAUAUCUGAAUGGGAUAAUGACAUGAAAGAAUUGGCAGCGAUCGAUCACAGGGCUUACGUCACUGUAAUGGAAUACUCCCCGAAGAGAUGA